AUGUCUAAGAGAUCAAUUGAGGAAGUAGAGGUGAGAGAGUUCCACGAACACACUAGUGUUGCCGUGGCGAGUUUUUUCAAAGGGUUUAGGGCGCCCUCUGACACCAAGUUUGAUCUUUUCAAGAAGAAGAAGCAAGACGGCGAGGUCGACUAUAUCCUGCAUGGGGAAAAUGAGAGAUUAGAGUACGAGGGGACCACGGACUCUGAGGUGUCCGGAGACAAAUCACAGUACGUUGUUGGUGUUUUCAACCCGAGCAAGAACAGCGUGGAGUUGUACAAGGCCCCAAUUCUUGUCUCGAAAGUGACCUCCAAGAGUAACAAACUUUUGGCGGGCCCUGCUAUCAAGCAGAAGGGUGAGGUGCGUGGUUCAGUGUUGAGGAACGCGCUUGGUGAGGCGUUUGGUACCAAGAAAGCCAAGAAGGCUAUUUCUGAUCUGGAGAGAAACCGUGUCGAUGCGGAUAAAUUGGCUGAUUCGGCUGUCGAUAUUAUCGACACUGUGAAGUCCGCCUCGAAGGAUCUGCCCACGAGACAGCAACUGGACGAAACGGUUUCCGGAGACAGACCCACCCCGCAGGCAAACAUGGAUGCCACCGAUGUGGAGCAGAUAUACCCAAUAGAAAGCAUAAUACCAGAGAGAGAACUGCAGUUCAUUCGGGUCGGUCCUAUUAUGAAGGAGACCGACUUGGAAAAAAAGCUAGAGAUUUUCCCUUACACAUCAUCCAAAUACAUCGAAAGGAAAUUGAAGUUCUUGAAUGAGUCGCCACAGGCAACGAAGAUCCAGCUGCUGUUCUAUCUGUCGCUACUGUUGGGUGUUUAUUACAACAGAAAAAUCAACAGCAAGGAAAAACUUGUGGAAGCAUUGAACUCGCCACCCGAAGUUCUCGUGGAUGGGAUCUUGAACAGAUUCACCGUCGCAAGACCUGGUAACUUCGGGAGGUCCAAGGAAAGAUCCUACGUGAUUGAUCCUCAAAAUGAAGACAAGUUGCUAUGUUACAUUCUAACUAUAAUUCUUCACUUGGACAACUUCUUGGUAGAAGUUUCGCCAUUGGCACAAGAACUCGCAAUCAAACCUUCGAAAGUCGUCUCUUUAUUCAGAGUACUGGGUGCGGUGGUGAAGGGUGCAACCGUCGCCCAAGCGGAGGCGUUUGGAGUUCCAAAGAGUGCCGCUUCUACAUACAAAAUUGCCUCGUUGAAGGUGCCUUUCAAGCUACCAGAAAUGACAAGAAGAGGCAGAGGUCCAAGACGCUAA